CCUCCGGUCCUGCAGAGUUCGCUGUUCUGCUUGCUUCGCUCUCAGCGAAGUGUCGUCGACGCGGAACUCGGUGCGUGUGUUCGCGGUGCCGCUGGCUCUCUUUGUCCGCAGAAAAGGAGCAAAAUGUGCGCCGUGCGGCUGCUGCGCGUAUCGGUGCACGAGCGGCUCGGCGCCGCCGCCGAAGACGUUCUGCUGCGGGUGGAAAAGGGAGAAGAAGCGGCUGAAACGGCGGCACUGAGAGCGCUGCUCACCGAGCGGCUAGCGGCGGCUGCGGAGGAGAUUGUCGGUCUGUUCGAGGAAACCGUGGCGGAGUACGAAGAGCGAGCGGAGCGGUCGGAGCGGGAGAUCUGUCGCCAGAGGAGGCUGCUCGAUGCCGUGCUGAAGCCCGAGGUCAGGCUGCACAGGGCAGAGCUCCUGCAGAACCACGCAGAUCCCUGGCCUUCACCGGACUCCACAGACCCAACCCACCCAGAAGGCGAACCGGUCAACAGCGAUGCUUCCUGCCUGUCGGAGCCGGGCUCUCCUUCAAAAGCAAGCCAUCCCUCAGCUUGCAGCUUGGCUGUCUACAGCGACUGUGUUCAGAACCAGGCCGAACACAGUCACAGUCCUUUGUGGAAAAAGAAGCGCGGACGGCCGCCGCUCGCCACCAGGAACAAACGGAAGAGGUCGACUCCGGCUCAGAGUUUCAGUUGUCACGUGUGCGGCCGCUCUCUGCAGGGGAAAGGGUUCCUGCUCAAACACGUCCUGCAGGUCUGCGCUGAGGACUCAGACUGCUGCUGCGGUUUCUGUGGCGUGCAGUUAGACUCCGCUGCCGACCUGAUGGCUCACCUGCAAACACACCAACUGAAGAGUAAAACCUGUUCCUUCUGCGGGAAAACCUUCCAAUCGAUUCUGGCGCGAGAGCUCCACAUGCGCCUGCACACUGGAGAAAAACCAUACAGCUGCGACAUCUGUGGCAAGAAGUUCAGCCAAAAGGGUAACCUGUCGUCACACAUGCGAGUCCAUGCUGCAGAGAAACCCUUUAAGUGUAAAGAGUGCAGCCGGGCCUUCUACCACAUGGCGUCCUUAGAACGUCACAUGCAGGAUCACAACGGAGAGGAGGUGCAUGCCUGCAGCGUCUGCUGCCAGGAAUUCCCGAGGUGGAAAAACUUGCAACGACACAUGGCAACUCAUCAGAAGGAUGCCGCUGACAAAGCAAAGAGGCACCGCAAAUUGGUGCGGUCGUACCACUGCAAAGCAUGCGGAGAUGCCUUUGACAAGAGGACCUUAUUGCUGAAACACGUGGAGACUCACCUACAGGACCCGGACUGCUCCUGCGGAGUCUGUGGACACCAGUACGAGUCCGCCGCUAGCCUCGCUGCACACCUGCACUCCCACAGCGAGAUAGGCAACACCUGCCACGUCUGCGGGAAGUCUUUUGCUGCGCAGGCGGCACUCCUGAUGCACAUAAGGAUCCACACCGGAGAGAAACCAUACUCCUGCAGCUCUUGCGGAAAGACCUUCAACCAGAGCGGCAACCUGAAGACUCACUUGAAGACCCACACUGGAGAGAAGGCAUUCUCUUGCACCCUCUGCGGGAAGGGGUUCACCCAGAAGCAGACUCUGGACACUCAUGUCCGCUUCCACAACAAAGAAAGGCGCUUCCUGUGCCAGGUGUGCGGAAAGGGCUUCAUGCAGGAAGUGGACCUGAAGAGACACCUGCUGAUCCACACCGGGGAGAAACCAUACAGCUGCAGGAUCUGCGGCAAAAGCUUCCAGGCCAAACGAUCGCUCAACGGACACCUAAAAGUCCACGCAGCUGAGAGUAGGGAGUCAGGCCCGGAGCUGGACCAGACCUUGGAUCAGCAGAGGACAGACAGACUCUCUUCUGGCUUCAUCCAGCUGUAGACCUCCAGAGGACAACCUCUCUACACGUUAAACGACAAAACUGGAAUCAACCAGCUUAUGCUCUUCAGAUAGACUAUUGAAAUUACCUUAGUGCUGGAGUACUGUUUGGUACUCUGUACAGAAGUGUGUGGUACUUUUAAUAUUCUUACUGUAAUGUGUCCAUAGACUUGAGUAUGUACUAGCAUAGCAUUGAAACCUGCUGAAACUUACAUUAAAUCUCAGGUUCUUAAAGUCUGGCAUCACAGUUGUCCGCCCAACGCUGGCAUUGUAUUUCUGUUCUGUUAUAGGAAUUGAAUGUAUUGUAGAUCUGUUAAGUUGUUCAUUCUGUACACAUGACAUCCUGUAGUCUGUCCAUCCCGGGAGAGGGAUCCUCCUCUGACAUUCUCAGUUUUUUUUCCCCUUGGAAGGGUUUUUUCAUUUUUUGGGGAGUUUUUCCUGUGCCAAUGUGAGGGAUUCAGGACAGAGGAUGUCAACAGACUGUAAAGCCGUCUGAGGAAAAUUUGUGAUUGCGAUUGCGAUUUUGGACUAUGCAAAAUAAAAUUAAUUGAAAAGA